UUCCGGCCAACAUCCUGCGUCGAAUAUGGACAGCAAAGAGCCUCCAAAGAUGGCAUUUAUAAGAUCUAUGACGACGGCGGAAACAGUUUCCCAGCCUACUGUGAUCUAACAUCAGAGGCCGGUAUUGCAUGGACUCUGGUCAUGUCUUGGAGUAGAGAGAAUCGCCUUAUUUCUGCUUUUUACAACACCGCACUUCAGAUCAAUGCCCCAGAGAACGAGACCUCCCCGAACUGGGAUCGUUACCGCUUAAGUCUGGAGAGAAUGAGGUCUUUGCAGGUUCACUCCACCCACUGGCGAGCAACAUGCAGCUACCCAACCCACGGCAUCGAUUUCAGAGACUACCUCCGUGGAAACUUCAAAGACUUCGACAUCGUCGAUUUCCUUGGUAAUGGCGAGUGUAAGAGGGUAGACUAUGUGGAUAUCCGUGGGCACAAUGGCACGAACCUUACGGUAUCGUUUUGGCAACAGAAACACAGUUACACGUUGCAUACUGACAGCCGUUUGGCUAGUUCCUGCAAGUUCGACGCAUCCCUUGGAGCAGUAUCGGGUGAAGACAACUUUGGCUUCUAUGAGGUUUUUAAUCCCAAGUUCCGCUGCACACAGGCAGGCAACUCUACUACCCAGUGGUGGUUUGGAGCUCAUCUUAAAAAAUAAUUUUCGGAAAAUGAAAUUACACAGCUCCCAUGUAAGAACGAGGGGAGCCUGCAAAUUGUACUACCUUUAUAAACAGACGAAAUGCAUUCAGAUUUGUGUUUCGUAGAUUUAAAUUGUUUAAAAUGUACAGCCUUAAGAUAAGAAACUCUUCUUUUUCGUUGAUAAGCAGUGAUUUUAUAGUUAAAUGCAACAUUUUUCAUUGCUUGAUUGACCUCUCUGUGUAUAAUUGUUAGAGAGUUGUUUUUGGUUUUCAUCAAUUGACUCAUCAUUGAAUAUUAACGGUUAAACAUUUCUCACUAAAAUGGGGUCAAAAUGGCAGGUUUGUCUAAUAAUAUUUGAAAAACUCUUGGGAUGGCUCUGAAAAGGUUCGCCUUUUAUGUGCGUGAAAUAGGAAUGGGUAAUUAAACGUAAAAUGGUCACCUUUUAAAACAGCUUAUUGAGCUUUUCUAUCUUAUAACGGAAAUUUACAGGUACGGCGGAGCGCAAUUUCAACUCGGGGGGCGGGGAUGGGGGGGCUUGAAAACUCAUGCCGGCAACGCGAGUUUGUUGGGGUGGGGGGUGGUGGGUCUGGGUGCAUCCUCUCCCAGAAACGUUUGAAAUCUAGAAGUUCGGAAAUGGUAUUAUCAACAUUCUCAAUGAGAUAUUUCUAAAAGAAAAACUCAACCUGGAUAAAUUGUUAAACAAAAACAUUUUUCCUCACAAAAGUCGAGGGUCGUAUUACCUGCUACCCUUUGGCCAAGCUGCGCCAGAUUCGCUUUGCCCCCGCUUUGCCGUUAAUCAUUCAUUUCCCUGAUACAACGGAGCAUUAAUAUGUUAAAUAGAAUACAAUUGCCUGACUGAUUAAAAAAGUAAAGUGUAAACGAUGACUCAUUAUAAGGUAAAAACCAACUGUAAGAGUAAAAACUGAUAAUUGUGACCAUUGUGAAAUUAUGGAGAUUAAGAACUGACUGUGAGGAGAAAGGCAAAUUACAAGAUUACAUGCAGAACUACAGCCCGCAUUACCGUGGCACAAGUGAGGCCCACAAGUUUAUUAGCUUUAAGCUAUUUAGUGUUUUACUAAAUAAAGUGUUUACUUGCUCACUUCACAUACCUAGUUUAGCAAUUUGAAUCCCUUUUACCUACUGUUUGUGCAGUAUGUUUUAAGUACUGUUAAAAAAAAGCAGCAGUUAACAGGUUUAAAUACUUAUAUAAUUUUGGUCUAAAAAUUAGACGUAAAGUUUAGCUUUGUCUUUAUCGAUAUAAAAACACUCAUUAAACAUCGACUUCUGUCUUUUUCUUUGUGAACUAUUAAAUAAAUGAGUUUUUGAAAUAAUGAAGACAACCAAACCGGGAAUUUUUCGACACUUUCACAGCCAAAAAACUUUUUGUCAGCCUUUUUAGACCCUUUUACAGACCGAAGUGACAGAUUUUCCAACCCUUUUAGACACUUCAACAAGUGAAAUCCCUACCCUUUCAUAUACCUUUCAUAUAACCAUCUCGGGCGGAGCCUCCCCGUAUAGGCCAUUAUUAGGAGUACUCCACCUGGCUAGCCUAGUGCCCUUUCUUGGGUCCUUCAUACUUAAUACGGGCUUGGACAUACAACAGAGCAGUAAGCAAGGCGGCUCAAAGUUAUGGAUCCAAGCUGUUAUUAAUGUGGAAUAACAUUUCUAGGGUAAAUUAAGAAGACACUGAACUGUCUCCUUGCCUUACCUCUUUCAUCCCUUGUGUUCACAUACACAUUCUUCAUAUCUUUCCUGAAAGUAUUAGUAGAGAGAAUUUGAUAAAACAUCAAGCGUUUUCCCUGUUGUGAUCAUUUUAUGAAUUCUCAUAAACUUUUACUCUUGGUGGUGUAUGAAUGAUUUCGGGAGAAAAUCGAUUUGGUCAGUCUUGGCAUGUACCAACAACUGUUUUAAUCGUCUCACUCAUACAUCACAUAGUGGCGGGAUUAUUAACUUUUAAAUCUGUGGUUAAAAUUCUUUUGUACUUUCAUUUCAAUGAACAAAAGUUCUUUGGCAGAACGUUUGAGAGGGAUUAUUUAGUUUUAACUAUUUUACAAGACGAAAUUGUAUUUCUUUGGUGUGAUUUCUUUUACUUUCACCGGUAAAAAGAACUGAAAAACGGGUAAUAUCUAUUCAAUUUAGCCAACGAGCAGGCUGUCGAGUUGGGAUUUCGCGCUACAUUCGUUCGGUGUUGCUCAUGCGAGAUUUUACAACCCUGCAGGGGUGGGUUGGGAGGGUACACUCUAAGAACCCCCAUGACCUAAACAAGCGAUGAACAUUGGCAGGAGAGGAUAAAGGGAGACGCUCUAUUGUAAAGAGGAUUUUGCAUGUUAAAUUUGAUUACUGACUGAAGCUUAAAAAGUUUACAUUCCAAAACAGUCGACGACAGUAGGUGUUUGAGAAAACGGAAACUAUGAUCGGAGCUAAAAACUCACUCAUGUUGCAUUAAUUUUUAGGACCCGCAUUAAACACUUAUUUCUUUUCACAUUAUUUUCUUUAUGAAUUAUUUGAGACAUUUUUUAAACAUAUUUUUAGGGCUAUAGGUAUUCGCAAAAAUAGACCAAAACAUUUCGAUAAAUUAAAAACUUGUUAAAAUUCAUUAUUGGCUCCCAGCCUUGGAUAACAAAAGAAAUCACCUUGCAAAACAGGGAUGAAUAAUACAUUUCUUUUGUUUUAUUUCUCCAGUCCUCGAAGCCAAGAGUAAAUUUUAAUUUAUCUAAAUUGUUGUAUUAGGUUUUGAAGAUUAAAAAGUACAAAACCUUAAUUCUAGUCGAAGACCUUAUACCAGCUAAAUUAGCCUGCGAUCGAUCAAAGAAAUUUUAUUGUUGCUUUUCUAUGAACUACCUUGAAAAAAAAAUAUUUACAAAUUUGUACAUUAUGUGCAACAUCAACCGCAAGUAAGAAGUAAUUUAGUCCUGUUUUUCCUUGCCAAGUCGCUAAGCCUAAUCAGUAUUCCGCGCGGUCCAUGCGUUUCGGGUGACGUAAUCUGAGAGAGUUUCGCCUCGGAUAAGUCAACAAAAUGCACACUGAAUGCAUUGAACGAGAAGGCCUGGGAAGAUGCCGCACAGCGCGGUAGGGAAUGGGGAGACUGCGGGCUCUUCACUGGAAGAAACGCCCAGCAUAUAACAUUCUCCAGUAAUGUACAAAACGAACAUUUUUGUUACCCACAGCGACACAUUUAACCCCAGACAACCCUAAAGACUUUCUACCAUAUCCAGGAGAAAAUGCGUCAAAAAGUAAACUACACACAGCAUUUAUGUCAUUGUUUCUCCGAAGUUCCAGAUGUUUACCACGCACUUCUUAUUUUCCUUUUUCUAUAUUCUGCACCUGCAUUAAUCCUUUGAUAAUCAGUAAGAAAUACUGUCAUGAGGUAGGCUAGGUAAAGAGCUAAUUUCGUUCACUUCGUUUACUUCAAAAUACUAAUGGCUUUCCGCUUUUUUGCUCAAGAUCUUCUCUUUUGUAUUGUUUGUGCCGCCAUAUUUAUACACUGUCUUUAUGCUCCCCUGUAUAGCUACACUGCUCGAUGAGGUCAGUUCAACGUUUUUUCUUUCAUAGUACUAAAAUAAGAGUAUACAUUUCUUGCUAGCGUUACUGAAUUGGACUUUGACGCUUAAGUAAAGCUUAACCUUGUUGUUUAUAUUUUUCUCGGUGGGUACAGACGCUGUCAUUGGUCAAAGUAGCUCGUGUUUCCUUUUGCAUGUUUAAGCCACCCACUUGAUAUAUAGGCGUCCUGCGUGUCAGGAUGAUUCUCCCGGCUCUUUUCUUUAGCAUUUCGCUAGGCGUGACGCGUUUUGAAGAUAGGUACGUGGUGGACGGAAUAACGCUGUUGGUGGCCUCUGUCCUGUCAUCCUUCUAGACAUCAGGUUCGUAGCUUAACCUCUUUAAAGGAGGACACAGAGUUCACACAUUUACCUUGUACUCUUUUUGUGCUGCCCGGCUUGCAUUGAAUAUUUUUCGUCUUUAUUUACAUCAAGAGGUCUACUAAUUAACCAUUGCAAACAAGUACUAAGCCGGAAUAUCAUGGUGUGCUUUUCGCAAUUUGUGUACGGAAAUCAACAUUUGAGUGUCUCAAGUGUGGCAUACAAGAAAAUAACUGUUUUUCAAAAUUUCUAGAGUACUGUUUGAUUUUUUGAAUAUGACAGCAAACUUAAGAUUUUUUCACGCCCAAGCCUCUCCGGGUGGCUGCGCAUGAUAGAUCUUCAUUUUAUGUCUUUCGGAUCCUCGGUUUGCGUUUUUGUCGCGAGGGCCGUUUUCAUCAUCACGACCAGUACCACUUACUGUAGCUACUUUACUCUGGUUCUUUUUCUUUACACUGAAACAGAAAAAUCAAAACUCAUCUUAAAGAGGCGUUGCACUAUUUUUUUUAUAUAAGAAAGUUGCUUUUCCGGCCAAGGCUGAAUAUUCCCAGUAUUUUUCUGUCGAUUUAGCCUGAAAAUAUUAUUGAAUUAAUAUUAAGCUUAUGACAUUUCCCUUUUAGAAUGUAUUGGGGUUUCAAGUACCAGUGUCCUUGCCGUUUAGUGAAAGGAAUAAUUUAAAUUGUACUGUAUUUACAGAUUUUGAAACACAACAUUGAUUAUUUUUCAAAUCCUUAGCCUCGGGUUUAUUCUUAAAAUAUAUUUUUAAAAUUUCGCAAAUUUCAUCCUCAAUAUUCUGAUAAAAUAUAUUCUUAUAGAAAAAGAAAGAGGUCUAUUUUUUUUUAUUUUGGUUUUACAGAUAAUAAACAAUAUUAUUAUUGGAUGAGGUUUUUGUGAUCGAGAUCCGGUCCGAUCCGUUUCGAUCAGUUUUUUAGUCCAUGGAAGUGUAAGAGACUUUCUCAGAUAUCUAUCACCUCCCUCGAGUAAGCUGUCACUUCUCGCGGACAAAGUUUGUACUGAGUUUUACCCUGUUUGGAACACUUUCACGGAUACUCCUUCUCAUCCCCUUUACCAAAUAUUACCCCCUCAGAAACAGAGAUUUUUGCGAAACAGAGGACAUAAGUUUAUUUUACCUGCUGUUAAAACAGAACGCUUUGAGAGAUCUUUUAUUAAUGGGUGUCUUUUUAAUUUUAUUUAAUUGUACUUGAUCUUAAAUAGAUUGCAUUGUCAUGUAUGUAAAGCCACACGUAUGUUGUGACUAUCCAACUACGAAUAAAGACUCUUAUGAAUAGACACUCUUAUUAAUAUUGAUUUGUUUGGCAUAAACCUUCGGUUGUCUUGACUCAAGUUGUACACAAAAGCCCAUGGGCAAAAUUAAAAUCUACCAUUCGACACCUCAAAAGGAAAUAAACUGUCCACUUUAAUAACACAACAUAUGAAUUGUUUCGUUUCAAAAGACGUUUUGAAAUGUUAAAGAUAGCAUUUGCAGGGCAUGGAACAAGAUACCUUCUUCGCCAAACGUGAACUCACACAUUAAACUCAGACGAUAUUCUGCCGAUUAAUUGCCUCAGUUCUGCAACCCAACAGUGUGUUCAGCUGGUUUUUGUUAAUGUCUUCUUCUUUCGACUCUAAAUUAUUAGUGAAUCCUAGUUGAGUGAAGUCGGUAUUUUCAAAACAGCCCAAAGAAUCCACUCUCUGGAGAGGGCUCAGGAAGUAAAAUUUUUUCCCAGUGGAGCGGUGAGGGAAAAAAAAAUCCCCAAUGAGCAUGAGCAGUGAUAUUUGUAACCUCUGUACAUUCGUGACCGGAUGUCCGAAAUUUUGGACAUUCUGUAACAACUGCUUCCAGAGCCCAUCGUUUCAAGACCAAGUGACCAAGAAACGACGGGCUCUGGGGACGAGAAUGGUCUAAAAGAGUCAGCCAUCUCACCCCCUAACCUGUGGGGAGAGAGAGAGAGUCUCUCUCCCUCGCGCCGCCCUCAGGUUAGGCGGGUGAAGACAGCUCACAUUUUAUGCGAACGCGCAAACAUUGACAUUUGGGCAUUAUAAUUUCUAAAUUAGUAAAAAACACACUUUAUUCGAAUGUCAAUGUGAUUAGCGCUAGAUUUACUUGGUCAUCCGAGGCACCCGAAGGUCUAGCCGUUUGUAGGGCAAAGGUAAUACUGCACCUUUGUUCCUCAGUUAUUUUAAGACCAUGAGUUUGGUACGGCCCCCGGAAACUGUUCAAACACAGUUAUGAGCUAAUGCCCAGAAGCAAGAAUAAUAGGUUUACUGGCCACCCACGUUGUGGCGAGUUUGAUAAUUGAGUGUCUAAUAAUUGAUUGCUGUCAUCGGCUAGAAAGACUUUGGCUCACUGUCAUCGUAUCUGAAACAGGAAAAUGUUAGUAUGGUGAUUUUAUGCAAUGUUAAUAUUUCAGCUUACGAGCGUGUUCAAGAAAACUUACUCUUCUGGACCAAAUGACUUCUCAACAUUGAAAUGUUUUCUCCAUUUUUUCGUCGGUUUGUUUUCUUUGUGGUGUCUUCAAAAAUACUUGAAGCACUGUAUGCACAAGGUUAGUUUGGAAUUUCAGUCUUGCUCUUCUUCUUUGUCUUCUUGUUCUUGUUCUUUCUUUUAUUCUCACAAACAAAGCCACUUAAACCUAGAGAAUUACAAAGCACAAAGAAAGAUCUUCAAUUGAAAAAAGAUUCGAAUAUUUUAGCUAGGAGUAUAUUAAAUUAAUUGAUGAAUUAUUAGUAAAAAAAAAAGCGUUUGCUUCCUCAUCCUUCAUUCUUCAUGUCUUGACACCCCAACUCACCUCGGCCUGAGGUUUGCUAAAAAAAGGAGUUUGAAGCCUAUUUGUGCUUACUAUCUAGAAAUUAAAAAAUAAGUAUCCAAAACCAUUUAUCUGCAUGGCCACGUGUGGAAAACUAAGCGGCAGGUUCAAAAUUUUAGUUUUCUGGUUUUUGGCAAGCGUAGAUAAGGUAGUUUUCAAGGAUUUACACAUAUUUUAAAUCUUGAGGAGGAACAAAUCAGUUAAUAAAUUUUUAGUUGAACUUAUCACUUGAAGUUACCCGAUUUUUGGCGUGAAUUUUAGUCUGUUUCGUGGAAUCACAUUUUAUUUUUUAUUAAAAUAGAAUCGCAUUCAACGCACCACUCAAAUCAUCUUCAAGAUGUUUUUGUAAAAGACGAAUACCACUUUUUAAACGUCCCUGGAAUUGGAACGUUUACAGUGUACGACACCUUUGACUGCACCUUUGAAUGCCUCAGCAAUCCGUCAUGUUUUUCUCUGAACCUGGCCGUCUCCAAAGGAGCCGAUGGAAAAUUUUGGUGCGAAUUGUUGACUUCGAAUAAAGACAUCAACCCAGACGAAUUCAAAGAAAACAAGACUUCUCAUCACUUUGCUUUGAAGGUGCGAACAUAGUUUGAAUUAAAUAAGAUCUAAAUUAUUAAUUAUCCCGUUGUGUCAAGAUGAAAAACCUAAGCUAAUUACGGAUCUCAGAGUUUUAAUAGAAAACUGUAAGCCUUAUUCAGUAAUCAGUAAAAACGUGAAAGCUAAAUUUACCGUUAAUUUCAGUGGAAUAAAGUAAACAGUGACUUAUUUUUGUUUCGCCAGGGGCAGACGAUAGUAUACUAUUUCCAGAAAUUAAGGCAAACAUCAAUAAAGCGCUCAUCUCUUAAAAGAGGUGAGUCUUAGAUUAGACUAGUCUUCUCUGCAUCUUAAGGUGGCUGAACACAGUUUUGCGGGAGCGCUCAUCUCUUAAAAGAGAUGAGUCUUAGAUUAGACUAGUCUUCUCUGCAUCUUAAGGUGGCUGAACACAGUUUUGCGGGAAGCAAGUGGUAACUCGCGUGAACUAAAGGUGCGUGUUUUAAAUUAGACAAACAAAUACGGAGGCGAAAAAGUAACCGUACACAGAAGACGAUUUCUCAAAAUCUACUCGUUAACAAUUUGUUAUAUUUGGCAGAAUUUUUCCUUUCAUCGUAUUUUAAAUAAUAAGAACUUUAAAAUGGAAGUUGAACAGACGAAUUUUGUGACACAUUUAAUAAUUACUGUACAAUUAUAUUAUUGAUUAUCUUAAAACCCGUCUGUUAAAAUUUGGUCAAAUAAGUUUCAAAUGGUAAUGAUUAAUAGUAAUAAGCUGUGUGCAAGUUUAUAGAGUGUUUUCACAUGACGUCACGGCGGCCAUAUUGGUGUCCCAAAACAAUGAAACGGCCGCCAUGUUGGUGUACCAAACCAAUCCUCUGGGAGUUGAACUCUUUUCUUAUGCAAACACUUUCUUUUGUUCCAAUAAAUUUGCAUAGAUGCUGGCCACGUGAGUGAAAACACUCUAUAGGAAAAUCUAAUGAGCAAUUUUGAGGCAAACUGAGCAAAAGUGAAACUUUAGGGUUGUAUUCAAUUGUUCAUGUUGCCAUGGAAACUACGAAAGCGUCAAAUUUUCCCUGUCAAUCAAAACGUUUCAAUAGUACAGUUUUCAUUUGCCAAGUUUCAGCUUGUGAGCUGCUGCCUUUCUCUUGCCAUGAUUUAACAAAUGAUAUAUAAUCACAAACUGCCAAAACUGUGUUCAGCCACCUUAAACGUUGCGUGACGAGACAAAAACGGCUGUGAGGGAGACUGUGGGUGAACUGAUCAGAUUUGAGCUGAGAUUGAAGUUCCCACUAGUGGAAAUUGGUGAAAACAAAACUGCAACGUUGCCUGUUUUGUCUCUUCCAGGGUAGGAAGCGGCUGACAUCCUGUGUCGAAUAUGGACGGCAAGGUUUCUACAAAGAUGGCAUUUAUAAGAUCUAUGAUAACGACGGAAACAGUUUCCCAAGCUACUGUGAUCUAAAAUCCGAGCCCGGUAUUGCAUGGACUCUGGUCAUGUCUUGGAGUAGAGAGAAUCGCCUUAUUUCUGCUUUUUACAACACCCCACUUCAGAUCAAUGCCCCAGAGAACGAGACCUCCCCGAACUGGGAUCGUUACCGCUUAAGUCUGGAGCGAAUGAGAUCACUGCAGGUUCACUCCACCCACUGGCGAGCAACAUGCAGCUAUCCGACUCAUGGCAUCGAUUUCACAGACUACCUCCGCGGCAACUUCAAAGACUUCAACAUCGUCGAUUUCCUUGGUAAUGGCGAGUGUAAGAAGGUAGAAUAUGUGGAUAUCCGGGGGCUCAAUGGCACGAACCUUACAGCACCGUUUUGGGCGAACUUCGGGGUGGGUUUGUAUACUGACAGCUCUAUCGAUUUCUGCGAGCUAAAUGCAACUGUUGGAGCGGUAUCGAGUGAAGACAACUUUGGCUCCUAUAACGGCAUUAAUCCCAAGUUCCGCUGCACACAGGAAGACAGCUCUACUACUCAGUGGUGGUUUGGAGCUCAAUUUAAAAAAUAG